AGCGCUGUGGCCACUGCGCGAACCACAUUCUAGUGACUGACAAUGGCAUCCGCGGAAGAAAUCGUCCUGAAUGACCCACACACCCCCGCCCCGAAAGCCAUCGAGGCGUUCAACCAAAUCCUCCCUACCAUAAAGUCCGAGAUCAUCAAAUCGCGGCACCACUGGGACAAGCACGAGCCCAAGAUGUGGGCACGCGCCGCGGACAUCGCAGACGCGGUCCUCGUCGACUUCACCAUCGAGAAGGACCUCGUGCAGGUCCGGAGUGCGCCCACGUCGUACGGCACGAUUAUCCUGGGCAAGAUCAGGCUUCCCGCGGUGAACGACGCAGAAGGCGAGGGCUUCGUGCACGUUAGGAUACAUGACCCGCCCAACAGGGGCACUGAGGACGUGAUCUUCCAUUCUCUGUGGACGGAUGAGGGCAACAAGGACGCGGACGGGCACCCCCGCUCCUGGCGUGCCGUGCAGACCGCGCAGAUUCCUUUGGAGUUCUUCAACGAGUAAGCUAGAAGAGGACGGUACACAGCCUGCAGCUGUAAGAUUAUCAUAUCUAUUACGAGGAAGCCAAUUUACAACAAUGUACACCCAUGUAUGUAUGGCUAUCUGUACGCGCUCGUAACUUCAAGGUAUGUGAGCGACUGGUAUCGGGUA